AUGGUUCUGGAUCCUGCUGACCCCAACUCCCAGUCUCCAAAAAUCCAAAGGAUUUUGUACAAGUAUCAAAUGAAAGAGCCCGUUACCAAGGCGGAUAUGUUGAGAAAUGUAAUACAGAUGUACAAGAAUCACUUCUAUAAGAUCCUCAGGAAAGCCUCUGAGCAUUUGGAGCUGGUCUUUGGCCUUGACGUGAAGGAAGUGGAUCCCAACAGGAAUAUUUAUGUCCUUGUCAAUAAACUGGAACUAAGCUAUGAUGCAAAGCCGAGUGAUGACAGAGAGGUUCCCAAGACUGGUGUGCUGAUGACUGUUCUGGGUGUGAUCUUCACGAAGGGCAACUGCGCCACUGAGGAGCAAGUCUGGGAAUUGCUGAAUAUAAUGGGGUUGUAUGCUGGGAGGAAUAACUUCAUCAGUGGGGAGCCCAAGAAGCUCAUCGCCAAAGAUUUAGUGCAGGAAAGGUACCUGGAGUACUGCCAGGUGGCCAACAGUGAUCCUCCAUGCUAUGAGUUUCUGUGGGGCCCGAGAGCCCGCGCUGAAACCAGCAAGAUGAAAGUGCUGGAGGUUCUGGCCAAGAUCCAUGAUACGGUCCCCACUGCCUUCCCAUCCUGGUAUGAAGAGGCUUUGAGAGAUGAGGGAGAGAGAGCCCGAGCCAGGGCUGCAGCCAGGGCUGGCACUGCUGCCCUGGCCAGCGUGCGCUCCAGGGCCAUAGCCAGCAGCUUUUCCUGCCCUGAGUGA